GUGUUUACUUCGUUUAUUUUGGGCAAGAAUUCGUAACACUAGAGAUUUCUGUGGUAAUUGCUUUGAUGUUGAGACGAAUGGCUCGCUGUAUUCCGAAUCACAAGCUGAACUUGGACUUUUAAAUCCAUCCUCGACUUCAUCGAAAGCUGCAUCAGCUAAAAAGGAGUGUAGAUUUGAAAUGGGAGGUAGUGGAGGAGAUAUAGAUCACCAAGUGACCGAUAACGGAUCGAAUAGAGUAAAGAAAGAUGAAAAUAAUAUUCAAGGGGGUCAAGAAAUCAAGAUUAAAAGAAAUAACGAUCAAAGGAGUGCGAACGAUGUGAGCAACGUGAAGGAUAAAUGUCAAAGUGGAAACAAGAAGGCUAAGGAUAGCAAAAAAAAAGAAAAUGCCAACCAAAGGAAUAAAACCAACAACAACAAUGGAAACAUUAGCCGAAAUAAUGAGAGCAACAAUAGUAAUGGAGACAACGGGAAUAAAGAGGACACCAACGGAGGGGCUAGGACCAACAAUAAUAACGUGAACGACGGAAAUAGUCACAUAGAGACUGCAAGCAACAAUAAUAACAUAGAUGACGACAAAGAAAAUACGAUCAAAGAAAAUAAAGAUAUUCACCGAAAUAAUGAAAGCAGUGACCAAAAAAAGAACGAAACCAAAAAGAAUAAUGAGAAUAGCAACGGGAAAGAUGAAAGUCGCGAGAACGACAAUAAGAUUGCUCAAACCAAAUUUGAUCAUGUUCGAUUGAGUCAAGGCGAUCGAUCCACGAUGCCGACCGGUCCAUGGGUUUCUAGUUCAAGAUGGGCGCAAAGUAAAUUGUGGAAUGUUUAUGAAUUUAAAGACAAUGCCUAA